GACAAUAAUAUUGAUGACAAUCAUACAGCAGGUAAUACUGGUGAUAGUACAAGUGAUGUAGAUGGUAAUAAUAUUGAUGGCAAUAAUAUGGAGCCUACUAUUAGUGAAUAUGAGAGAGAGAGAGACACUUUUAACUCUGGUAAUGGAAAGAAUGGAAAUAAUAAGGAUUUAAUUAAUUUUUUAACUAAAAAUAAUCUGUCACUCGAUAGUGAUCCAGAAUGCCUGUUUCAAACCUUAAAUGAAGAUUUACACAAAACUUUUGGAUAUUCAGACAAAACAAAACUUGUUUCAGAAGAUUUGUUAAUUGAAAAUAUCAACGUAAUAAAUGGGUUUAAAAAACUGGAUCAAAUGAAAGAUUUUGUUGAAAUUUUAGACACUUGGCUUACAAAACUUCCAGCUCCCAUCAUCAAUAUAAUUUCAAAUGACAAUACAAUUGCAUAUAGUGACAAAAUUAUUAGAUAUAAUAAAAAUGAAAGAGCCGCGAUCAAAUUACAACAACUAUUUGAAAACAACAAAAAUUCUAAACCUUCUUCUCCAUGUUCUAAUUCAAAUAUGAUCAAUUAUUUAGAUACCCCGACAAUUAUAAUCAAUGAUGAAACAAGUUUGAUUAAACGUAUUAAGCAGUGGUCUAGUCAGGAAAUUAUCUCAAUUAACAUGGAAAAGGCUAUUCAAAUUCAUAGACUGUACCACACUUAUACAUUAAACAAUCUAUACAAAGAAUUGGAAGCUUAUUGUAAUUCAAGAGGGUUUAAUAAAAACCAACAAAAAAGUUUCAUAAUUCAAAUGAUUAUGAAUACAUUAAGUAUAAGUGAUCGGGUAGAGAGAAUGAAGAGAAGAGCUGCUAUUCGUGUUAAAUAUUUGUUGGAGCGAAAUUAUGACUUUAUUACUAUGAUAAACGCAGGGAUUAAUAUCACAAUGCUUUACAUGAAAGAUAACGACUGGAAUAAUUUUAUUAAACACCUAAAAAACACAGAAGGAACUGUCAUGGAUAUUAAACAACAAUACAUUUCCAGUAUUGAAAGUUUCAAUUUUAAACAAAAUCAAUCUAGAUAA